AUGGACCCCACAAAAGCACCCGACUUUAAGCCACCGCAACCAAAUGAAGAGUUGCAGCCACCACCAGACCCAAAGCAUACCAUACCGAAAUCUGGACCCAUAGUUCCAUACGUUUUGGCUGACUACAAUUCUUCGAUUGACGCUCCUUUUAAUCUUGAUAUUUACAAGACCCUGUCGUCGAGGAAAAAAACUUCCAACUCAAGCAACCGAAUGGAUCAUAUUCCGUUAAAUACUAGUGACUUCCAGCCAUUGUCUCGGGAUGUAUCGUCGGAAGAAGAAGGUGAAGAGCAGUGGAACGGAAUUGAUUCCAAGCUGCAGAAUGUUACGACGACUAACAAUUUGGGCGUGUUAAAGAGCCAAAUUGCUGACCUGGAAGAAGUCCCUCACACCAUCGUGAGGCAAGCCAGAACUAUCGAAGAUUAUGAAUUUCCUGUGCACAGGCUAACAAAAAAACUACAAGAUCCUGAAAAGCUACCUCUAAUCAUAGUCGCUUGUGGAUCGUUUUCCCCAAUAACAUACCUACAUUUGAGGAUGUUCGAAAUGGCCUUGGACGAUAUUAACGAGCAAACACGUUUUGAAGUGGUUGGUGGUUAUUUCUCUCCAGUUAGUGAUAACUACCAAAAACGUGGAUUAGCGCCAGCUUAUCAUCGUGUCCGCAUGUGUGAAUUAGCUUGCGAAAGGACCUCAUCGUGGUUAAUGGUUGAUGCAUGGGAAUCUUUACAGUCAAGUUAUACAAGAACCGCAAAAGUCUUGGACCAUUUUAACCAUGAAAUAAAUAUUAAGAGAGGCGGAAUAUCGACCGUGGAUGGUCAAAAAAUGGGUGUCAAGAUUAUGUUACUAGCAGGUGGUGAUCUUAUUGAGUCCAUGGGUGAACCUCACGUGUGGGCUGAUUCCGACUUGCACCAUAUUUUGGGUAAUUACGGUUGUUUAAUUGUAGAAAGGACUGGAUCGGAUGUUAGAUCUUUCUUGCUUUCACACGAUAUCAUGUAUGAACACAGAAGGAAUAUUCUCAUUAUCAAACAACUUAUUUACAACGAUAUUUCAUCUACGAAGGUACGUCUUUUCAUCAGACGUGGCAUGUCAGUACAAUACCUUCUUCCAAAUUCUGUUAUCAGAUACAUCCAAGAGUAUAGUUUAUACAUUAAUCAGAGCGAACCUGUCAAACAGGUAUUAGAUAGUAAAGAAUAA